AUGGACAUUCUGAGAGACAGAAGUAGUGGAGUGCUAAGGCUAUCUCAAGAGAAGUAUCUGGAGCAGGUCCUAAAGACUUUUGGAAUGCAAGGUGUAAGUUCAGUUCAGACUCCGAUUGGUUUGCAAUUCAAGUUAAAGGCAGUGUCAAAGCCAGAAGAAGCAGAUCAGAUGAAGAAAAUGGAGGAUAUUCCGUAUGGAAGCGCAGUAGGUAGCUUGAUGUACGCUAUGGUAGGCUCGAGACCGGAUCUUGCUUAUGGUUUGGGACUAGUCAGUAGGUACAUGGGGAAGCCUGGAACAGAACAUUGGGCAGCGGUGAAGUGGAUGUUGCGUUACGUUAAGGGAGCUGCGGGUUUGAGUUUGUUGUUCACAAAAGGAUCAGACUUUCAGGUCAGAGGGUAUUGUGAUUCAGACUACGCAUCAGAUCGAGAUCGGAGCAGGUCAAUUACAGGUUUUGUAUUUACAGUGGGAGGCAACACGGUGAGUUGGCGUUCGUGUCUACAAAAAGUGGUUGCGUGGUCUACUACAGAGGCUGAGUACAUUUCGUUGUCAGAGUCGAGCAGAGAAGCGGUGUGGUUGAAAGGAAUCUGCGAAGAAUUGGGGUUCAAGCAGCAAGCAGCAGAGAUAUACUGCGACUCGCAUAGUGCGAUCUAUUUGGCUAAGAACAGUAUGUUCCAUGAACGCACAAAGCAUGUUAGAGUCAAGUAUAAUUUUAUACGAGAGCUGGUGGCACAUGGAUUUGUGAAAGUCUUGAAGAUUCACACUUCAGAGAAUCCAGCGGAUGCACUUACGAAAGUUUUGCCAGGAGAGAAGUUCAGUGCUUCACGAGCCAGGAUCAUCUCGGAGGUUUCAGUAAAGAGAGAUGAUGCAGAGGCAGAUAAGGCUAACGGUGCGGGAAAAGUUAACAGGUGUUUGACUGAAGGUGGAGCUUAUGCUCGGGAAGUCUCAGUGAUUGAGAGAGUGACAGUGAUUUUAUUCUUAAAUAAAAAAGAGCAAAGGGACCUGAAACGAAAGAUGCAAGAUGAGGCCGUAGACUCUUCAGACAGCAUGAAUGUUCCCGACAUAGUUUUGCAGUCAUCAUCUCCCAAACUCUCACAGAAGCAAGACUACAUCUUCCACGGAGGGAGACGUCAUGUGAGGCCGUACUACUUCGAGUUCAUCGCUCAUGUGAAUAAACGGUGGACUGGGAAAACAAUUGUUGAUUUGUUCGCCGAUGAGUUCAAAGGCAGACCUCGUGACUACUAUGUUGGUGCUGUUAAAAGUGGAAGAAUCAAAGUUGAUGGAGAAACUGUACCAGUUUCUUAUAUUGUCAAAUCUUCCCAAAAGAUCACUCAUUUCCUCCACAGGCAUGAGCCACCGGUGAUGACUGAUGAUGUAGAGAUCCUUCUUAAAGAACCUGAUGUUGUUACUGUCUGCAAGCCAGCUUCUAUCCCUGUGCAUCCGUGUGGUCAAUACCGUAAGAACACGGUUGUUGGAAUCCUUGAUGCUGAGCAUGACCUUGGCCCUCUAUUUCCUAUUCACCGAUUAGACCGUUUGGUUUCUGGAUUGCUCAUCAUAGCAAGGACUGCAGCAAAGGCUGAUUUUUUCAGGCAACAGAUAGAGGGUGGAUUGGUGAAGAAACGCUAUAUUGCAAAGGUUAUUGGCGUGUUUCCAGAAGAUGAGAAAGUGGUCGACGCCAAUAUAAAUUAUAAUGGCAGCGAAGGAAGAAGCACAGCAGAGGACGCCAGUUCGAGUGGUGAUGAUAAGAAGGUGAAGGGGAAGCCCGCAUGCACCAAGUUCACUAGAAUCGAUACAAAUGGGACUCAUAGCCUCGUCUUGUGUGAACCAGUGACAGGGAGAACUCAUCAAAUAAGAGUGCAUCUACAAUAUACAGGGCAUCCCAUAGCGAAUGACCCGCUUUAUCUAACUCAACACGUGGAUGAUCUUGAGACCAAGAUUGCCAAAAGAAUUGAUGCAGGUGAGAGAAAGCUUGUCUCCCCAGAGGACUAUAUGUAUUCCAGUGAAGAUUUCAGCAUCGAUCCAAUGUGCACAAACUGCCCUAAGCUGAUCCCACAAGGGUACGAGGAGCAUGAUGAGGCUCUUUGGUUGCAUUGCGUUCGUUACUCUGGAACCGGAUGGGAAUACGAGUGUCCUUAUCCAUCUUGGGCUUCCCUUGCAUUGCCAUUUUCUUAGACAAGAAACUGUAAUUCUUAUUACCAACAGUUGUAGCAACUCACUUGUUUAAGGGUUGUACUGUUAUAAUGAUCUGAUCAAGUUGAUUUGUUGGAUUCAAAAAUU